CAAAUAUUCAACUGAUUCCUUCUUCAUCUUCAAAUUCUCUCUAAUUCGAAUCUCUCAAAGUUCAAAUUUCAAAUUCCGAAGAAGAAGAAGAAGAAACACUCGAAGGUUUUUGUGAUGGAUCCAUGUCCAUUUGUACGGCUAACAAUAGAUUCACUAGCUUUGAGACUACCGGAGACAGCGACGAACAAGCAAAUCGGCGGCGAAGUACAUCCUUCUUCUACGCCGUGUUACUGCAAACUCCGGAUCAAACAUUUCCCUUCACAGAAAGCACUUCUCCCUCUCUCUUCCUUCUCCGACGCUUCAUCUCCACCGGAAUCUUCCACUUCAGCUCCGGGAUUUCACCUCGACGCCGACGCGAUCCGACGAAUUUCCGGUAAGAAGAUCUCACUCCGUGUCUCUGUUUACGCCGGUCGUACUGGUCACACUUGCGGCGUCGCUUCAGGGAAACUUCUAGGUAAAGUCGAAGUAGCGGUGGAUCUCGCGGCGGCGUUGUCUAGAACCGUCGCGUUUCAUAACGGAUGGAAGAAACUCGGUGGAGAUGGAGAUAAACCGUCGGCUAGAUUACAUCUAUUGGUUUGUGCUGAACCGGAUCCUCGGUUUGUGUUUCAAUUUGGAGGUGAACCGGAAUGUAGUCCUGUGGUUUACCAGAUUCAAGAUAAUCUCAAACAACCUGUCUUCAGCUGCAAAUUCAGCUCCGAUCGUAACGGAAGAUCUCGGUCUCUACCAUCAGGAUUUACAUAUAGUAGUAGAGGAUGGAUUACAAGAACAUUAUCAGGUGACCAGUGGGAAAAGAAACAAGCGAGAGAACGUAAAGGUUGGAUGAUAACGAUCCAUGAUCUUUCGGGAUCACCUGUAGCAGCAGCUUCAAUGAUCACUCCUUUCGUGGCAUCUCCAGGGUCUGAUCGUGUUUCUAGAUCAAACCCUGGUGCGUGGCUAAUCCUUAGGCCUCAUGGGACUUGUGUCAGUAGUUGGAAACCGUGGGGACGUCUUGAGGCUUGGCGUGAGAGAGGAGCUAUUGAUGGAUUGGGUUACAAGUUCGAGCUCGUGAGGGAUAACAGUACUAGCACCGGCAUUCCUAUUGCAGAAGGGACAAUGAGCACAAAACAAGGAGGAAAGUUCAGCAUUGACAGGAGAGUCUCAGGCCAGGGAGAGUCUCCGGCAAUAUCAUCGCCGGUGAAAGGGUUCGUGAUGGGUUCGAGCGUCGAAGGAGAAGGGAAAGUGAGCAAGCCUGUGGUCCACGUGGGAGCACAGCAUGUGACUUGCAUGGCCGACGCAGCUCUCUUCGUUGCUCUCUCUGCCGCCGUUGAUCUAAGUGUCGACGCGUGUCAGCUCUUCUCUCGUAAGCUUCGUAAAGAGCUCUGUCACGACGACCAAAGCUCCCUCACGUGAAAAUAUGUUAUCUCAUCAGUGAAGAUACAUACGUACAUUUUGACUUGACAAAAGACCAAUCCAUGAACUUAUGACAAAGCUCUCUUCGUCGCUAGCUAUCUCGGUUUUUCAUUUUUUUUGAGGGAUCAAUUUGAUAUGAAAGUCGACAAAGCUGUACAGACAACAAUGAUCUUUGUGUUGUUUGCAACUUUGUAUCAUAUUUAUUUAUUUUUUAAUUCUUUUUCUUCUGAUUCUCUCCAUAUGUGUGUUGAUUAUUUUUAUUAUUUCAUAUCUUCAUUCUUUUUAAUACAUUGGGGUUAUUCUUAUACCAAAUAUACUCACUUUCUUUGUGAAAAGUUACGGAUCUUACUUGGAGUUCUAAAUUGAUUAUAUAUGAUCACUUGUUCUUAUUAUUUAUGUGUUUUUUGAGUCAGCCCAACCCUUUAAUUUUAUUGAUAUGUUUAAUUUUUGGUCAGCCCAAUCCAUGAAUUUGUUCUACACGUAACACAAACCCACCAGUUUUAUGAGUUGUGAAUACACACUUUUUAUGUGGCUUUGGAGCGUUAUCCAUCAUAAUUGUAAGCAAUUUCCAACGUAGUUGUCGUUUCGAUUUUGUCUCGAAAGAGAGUUUUAACAAGAUUUUCAAACCGAGGUACACUUUCCCGCGAACCAUCUUCCCAAUAAGAAUAAAGUCUAUUAUACAUAACCUGCAAGGCUGCAACUCAAACUAGUGGUCAUGGACAUGGUUUUGAUCAUAGACAAGAGGGAAGGGAAUGUAAA